UCAUCAUCAUCAUCAUCAUCACACACACACACUCCACGUUUCUUCCAGCAGCGGGGAGCGAUCGGAUCCCGGUUCGCCUCGCGGACAGGUUGGACUCAGACAUGGGAGUGGAGCGGAGGCUUCUCUGGCUAUGACACGGACACACCGGGCGGGAAGGAUGGCGCUGACCAGCCGGGAAAUGUUGUGCUUGAUCGGAACCGCGUGCCUCUGGCUGCCGCUGUUGGCGGAGGUGGUGGCUGAGGAUAGUUACUUAAACGAGGUGCAGAACUCAGUGCCUCUGUCCUGCUCUGAGGGAUUCACAGAGUUGGGAUACUACAACGGCACCGUGUCUCAGACGGACUCUGGCGCCCCCUGUCUGAAGUGGACAGAGUUUCCGGACUACGUCAUGCAGUACCCGGGCCGAGGGCUGGGCGACCACAGCUACUGCAGGAACCCAGACCGAGAGUCCAACCCCUGGUGUUUCUUCAGACAGAACUCUGGAGCCAUCGGCUGGGCCUACUGCGACUGCCAUCAGGGCGCAGCUCGUCUGGUUGGCAGCUCGUCCUCUGGCAGCGGGCGUGUUGAGGUGUACCUGAACGGCCAGUGGGGGGCCGUGUGUGACUCCCAUUGGACGGACAGAGACGCCAGUGUGAUCUGCAGGCAGCUGGGCCUCGGUGACAUUGGCACAGCGCUGCAGCACUCGCAGUUUGGCUCGGGCUCCGGUCUCUUCCACUAUGAGCGCCUGGGUUGCCGCGGCGACGAGAGCAGCCUGAGUAAGUGCCGGAGCAGGACGUUCGUCACUGGUGACUGUAGCCAUGGAAACGAGGCAGCGGUGAUGUGUGCGCCGCCAGAAGGCAGUGGUUCCCCACUGCGAUUGGUUGGAGGCGAGGAAGACUUUGAAGGUCGCGUGGAGGUGUUUCAUGCCGGAAGGUGGGGCUCCGUGUGUGACGACCAGUGGGACGACAGGGACGCUGAGGUGGUGUGCAGACAGCUGGGCUUCGGGGGUGUCGCGAAGGCCUGGUCGUGGGCUCACUUCGGUCAAGGUUCAGGUCCGAUCCUGCUGGAUGCUGUGAAGUGUACAGGAAACGAGCUCUUCCUGGAUCAGUGUCCCCACGGCGACUGGGAGCAGCACAACUGUGACCACAUGGAGGAUGCUGGAGUCUCCUGCAGCCCUUAUACAGAUGGUGUGGUGCGCCUGGUUGGAGGAGACAGUCCCUGGGAGGGUCGGGUGGAGGUUUUCCACAACGGUGACUGGGGGACGGUUUGUGACGACCACUGGUCCCAGCAGCAUGCAGAGGUGGUCUGCAGACAGCUGGGCUACAGGGGUCAUGCUGAGGUCGUCUCAGACGGGACGUUUGGCGAGGGCGUCGGUCUGAUCCUCCUGGACGACGUCCACUGUGAGGGAUCCGAGACCUCCCUGCUGGACUGUCGGCACGGGAUCUGGGGUCGCACUGACUGCUCCCACAGCGAGGAUGUGGGUGUUCGCUGCAGGGCUCGAACCAGCCAAGAGACCAACGAAGUGUCGGUUAUCGCUCCCUCCACAGGUCCCCUGGUUCGCCUUGUGGGUGGCAGCAGCAGAAAGGAGGGUCGAGUGGAGGUGUAUCUCCAUGGUGACUGGGGAAGUAUUUGCGACUCGGGCUGGAACGACCUGAACGCAGCUGUGGUGUGCAGACAGCUUGGGCACAGCGGUGGAGCGGUGGCAGCCGGAGGGUUCGGUCAGGGGAAAGGGCCCAUCCACCUGGACCAGGUGAGGUGCACGGGGAAGGAGGAGUUCUUGGGUGAGUGUCCCUCUCUGGGCCAGAGCAUCCAGGGCUGCAGGCGCAGGGAGGACGCGGGGGUGAGGUGUGACGUCGCGCCGCCGCAGGAGUCCGAGGUGCCGGCCAAGCCUCAAGAGCUGAGCUGUGGGCUGAGGAAGCUGGUGGAGGACGAGAGCAAGAGGAGGAACCAAGGAGAGGAAAACAUGCUCAGGACCACGUGGCCCUGGCAGGUGUCAGUGUGGCUUCGGUCUCAAGAGGAAGAUGGCGGUCCUCUCUGUAGCGGCACUCUGAUCAGCCCCUGCUGGGCCCUGACGUCUGCGUACUGUGUCAGCAGGUUUGGCAGCGACCCGUCCAGGUACGUGGUGCGAGUGGGGGCUUCGGAGCAGACCCUCACCCCGGAGCAGGUGGUGGUUCACAGGAAGUUUAAGGGUCAGAGUGGAGGUCACGAUCUAGCUUUGCUGAAGCUGCCCAGCACCAAGGGUCACUGUCUGACCUUUGACCCCAACACUAACGCGGCAUGCCUUCCUUCUGCCGACACGGCAUCAGGGGGACGUACUCCAUCUUCUUGUGUUGUCGUUGUCACCACCGGCUGGACAGGACCAGACUCAGUUCUUGCGUCCUGGGUCCCUCUGAUGUCGUCAUGGCAAUGUAAGAAGCGCUAUGGCGACAGCUUUUCCAGCCAUGGCACCCUGUGUGCCGGCAGUCCUCCAGACACCGGCCUCCUCCAUGACGACGGUUGUCAAGGCAACUCCGGAGGCGGUCUGGUGUGUCAGGGGGAGACGGGACGAUGGGUCCUCGCCGGGGUGGUGGCCGGGGGUCACGGCUGCGGCGACCCCUCCUCGCCCUCGCUCUACACUCGAGUGAGCCGCUUCAGGAGCUGGAUCGACGAGGUCAUCGACACGCGAGCGGAGGAACCGCACGCGCGCGCAAAGACGCGUGCUGACAAAGACCCAGCACGCACGCACGAGGAGCACACGCGCGGCGAGAGCAAGGAAGCACACCUGCACAACACGCACGGCGAGCGAGAAGAAACAAACGAGAUCAACGACAUCAAACAAACACACAAGCAUCAUUCACACGCCACUAAACGCACACACACCCACCGCGAAGGGGACGCCGACACAAACACACAAAUCCUGGUCUGACCGAGGCCGUGCCAUUGGCUUACCAUCUGUGCCAUGUGGCCGCCCGAGGAAGGAGAGUCAAAGGGAGACGAAAGUAAACCAUAACAGUGUAGGAAAAGAAAGACGCUCCUAACUUCAGUCAGUACGAACGGCCGUCUUUGUGCUCAUUUCAAACCUGAACUCCGUGUUGUGAAUCCCGAGUGUUUGCGGUUGCUUAUCGUCGGACGAGUCCAGCGGUGUGGGCAGAUGUUCCUGAGCUGCCGGGGUGACAGAGUGCGUGGGUGAUUUGUGGUGCUUUACGUGUGAGUCACAGCCCGUUAAGAGGCGGGAUGAUGACUGACGGGUCGGUGAGCUGAGCAGGGCUUUUCACCGUUAUUGUGAAUAAAAUAGAAAAAUAGAAAAAUCAGCAUGGCAUGUAUUUUAAGGACAAUAGUGUUAGAAUUUAAAAA